ACUGUACUGGUCACAUGUUUUUGAGUCAAGAUGUUGACAAUAAGUAUAUCUGUGACAAACGUAUAAAAUAGCACAAUUGUUAAGACAAAGAGCUUAUUAAACUGAAUGACUGGAACUAGAUUGGUGAAAUAGUCAAAUUAAAAUAAAUUGCAUAACCAAUUUUAGAGAUCUGUUUUGCAGAUAAUUGAAGCUAUAAUUUAUAGGGUCACACUUGAGAUGUUAUAUUCUGACUAUUCAAGAACGAGUGGGGUAGCCUAUGAUGGAAUAUCAUUUAGUCAAAUGGUAAAGAGUUGUUUUUCUCAUGUCUCAUUUGUAUGUCAGGGGUGGGAUAUCCUAUAUAUUAUACGAUCCCAUUUUGGAAAUGAGAAAGGGGCGACAGCAAAGAGAGAUUGGAAUGUUUUUCUUUCAAAUUGUCGACAUUCAUUGAUGAAUAAUUCGUCAUUUCUCUUCAUGCUCACUAACCGAUGGCAACAGUCCGCGAAAUGUCCAGUAUGUACACAUAAGGAGGGCUACCCUAUUGAACUCACAGGGACUCAACUCCUGCUAAUUCUGCGCGCACUGAUAUUCUUUAAAAUGUUCAUCUGAUUAUCUGUCUGUCAGAUAUAAAUGAUAAUUUUACGAUUUAUUUUCUGUUAUUAUAUACGAAGUUUCAAAUGUAUUAAAAUAAAGGGGAGGGAGAUGAACGAGUCGACUGCCUCUUGAAAAAAAACUAGUAAAAUGUGAGGUUUGUCCUACCUCGUCCUGCGUACCUGCACUGGAUCUCUCUCACUGACUGGCAACUUGAGACCACUGGCAACAUAACGUUUUUCAUCUCGGGAGACUAAAAAGUAUAAUGAACAUGGGGAAAGUGGAUUUAAAAAUCCUGUGUGUUUUAUUUUUCUUCGUAAUCUCAGUGCAGAUGGGAUUUUCAGAGGAAUACAGAGGAAUACGCCUGGGAGCAAAAGAAAUACCAAUACAGAGAGUGAGACGCCAGAGCAAACCAGCAAAACCAUUGCUGAAGGUGACAGACUACCAUGUGAGGUGUUCUGUCAUGUCUCGCUACUCCCACACCACCAUCCAGAGCUCUGUGUGGAACCAGCUAGCUGUCACCAAGGAGGUAGCCUUUGAGGUGGACCUGCCCUCAGCAGCAUUCAUCUCCAACUUCACAAUCACCUCCAAUGGCAAAGUGCACAUCGCCCAGGUGAAGGAGAGGAGUGUGGCCAGGAAGAUCUAUGACGCAGCCAAGAGGCAAGGGAAAACAGCUGGACUCGUUGCCACCAAGGAGAGGGAGAUCGAGAAGUUCCGCAUGGCGGUGAGUGUUCCCUCAGGGAGCCGGAUUUCCUUCUCGCUGUCCUACGAGGAGCUGCUGCCCCGCAGGUUGGGUCGCUAUGAACUGAUCCUGGGCCUGAGGCCUGGAGGACUGGUCACUAAUUUCACCCUGGAUGUCAGCAUAGCAGAGAGGACGGGACUCCGCUUCGUCAAGGUCCUCCCGCUGAAGUCCAGCCGACGGCUCUCCAACACUGUCACAGGUGAGACAGAAGCCCCAGCCUCCACUGAGAUCCAGCAGAACCCUUGUUGUGCCCGUGUUCAUUACAACCCCAGCCUGCAGCAGCAGAGCAGUGUCACCUCGAAGGGACUCAACGCUGACUACAUCAUCCAGUACGAUGUAGAGCUCAGCGACCUCAUGGGAGACAUCCAGGUGUUUGAUGGAUACUUUGCCCACUACUUUGCACCUCGGGGGCUUCCUGUGGUCCCCAAGGAUGUCAUCUUUGUCAUUGAUGUCAGUGGCUCCAUGAUUGGCACCAAGAUCAAACAGACAAAGCAGGCAAUGUCCACUAUCCUGGGAGAUCUUCGUGAAGGGGACCACUUCAACAUCAUCACCUUCUCAGACAAGGUCCUCACCUGGAAGAAGGGUCGCACAGUGAGGGCCACGCGGAAUAACGUACGAGACGCUAAGGAAUUUGUCAAGAGGAUCAUCGCUGAGGGAUGGACCAACAUCAACGAGGCCCUCCUCUCAGCCGCCCAACUGGUCAACCCCUCUGCCUCCUCCUCGUCCUCUUCCGGUGGCUUCCGUCGGGUCCCUUUGGUCAUCUUCUUGACGGACGGUGAAGCUACCAUCGGCGUGACGUCCGGCGAAUCUAUCCUUAGCAACGCUAAGAGCGCUCUGGGUUCCGCCUCUCUGUUUGGCCUGGCCUUCGGAGACGACGCCGACUUCCCCUUGCUGCGGCGCCUGGCACUGGACAACCGUGGCAUGGCGAGGAUGGUGUACGAGGACACAGACGCCGCACUCCAGUUGAAGGGAUUCUACGAUGAGGUAGCCAGCCCGCUACUGUCAGACAUCCAGCUGACCUACUUGGACGACCAGGCCUUCGACGUCACCCGCUCCCUCUUCCCUAACUACUUCCAGGGCUCAGAGCUGGUGGUCACUGGGAAGGUCAAGCCAGGGGUCAGGAAUCUGAGGGUGUCUCUGACAGCCAGUGACUCUAAGCAGAAAGUGAAGAUCGAGAACGACGUGUUGGUGUCUAAAGGAGAGGAGAAUGGGACAGCCUACUCCAUGGGCUGCCCUGGGGGCAUGGGUGGGAUAUCCAGCUUCGUACGUCGUCUCUGGGCUUACUUCACGAUCAAAGAGCUGCUGCUGGCCAAACUGAACAGCACCGACCUGGUCAUGCAGAAACUGCUGGGCGAGAAGGCAACCAACCUCUCCCUCAAGUUCAACUUUGUCACGCCGGUUACUUCCCUUGUUGUAGUCAAGCCUGAUGCAGAUGAAAUUCCUACCACAGCGUCAACUACGACAGCUCAACCCGCCACCACAACCACCACCAAGCCCACCACCGUCAACACCACGAGUAGAGCUACUACAACAACCACAGUUGCCCACACUACUGCCACCGAAAUAGCCUCCCCCAUCCCUGUGAAAAAGCCCAGGAGUAACGAAGCUAAGCCAGACCCUCUUGUCACCAAGCAUCCACCUCCCCAACCUCCACCUCAACCCAGAAAGGCCUCCACCCCACCCACCCCAGCAAAAACAGUGGCUCCACCAUCCCCCAAGAAAACCACUAAGACUAGCACCCCCAGCCCCAGUGCCGCCAAAACCGUCCUUGCCCCUCUCUCGGGAAAAAAUCCCACCCCUCCUCCCAGCUCUCCUAAAACUGCCCCUGCCCCUCCCGCCAGGAUAUUCUCUACCCCCCUGGCCAACUCGUUCAAAACAGCUGCCGCUCCUGCACCUGGGAAAACCACAACCACCUCUCCACCCAACAUAGUAAAGAACGUCCCUACCACAUCACCCACUACAGUCCCUACAACUGUGAAAACCACUACCUCCACUACCACUCCCACCUCAGUCAGAACCGAUCCAACCCCUGCUCUACAGCCUUGGAAACCCGCCACGCCCCUUCCCAUCUCUGUUAGAACAGUCCUCCCUCCAGUUAGAAUACCCCUCUCCUCCUCCUCUUCAGAGAAUGCCACCAUGUCUGCCACUGAUGCCCAUCCACCUCAGGUUACCACAUUCCUGUACAGUGUUCUGUCCGUCGCCCCUACUCCAGCUCCACAGGGCCGUAACACAGACCCAGUCUCAGAUGUGGAACAGAUUGCCACCUUUGUCUCUGCCACAUUUGCCCCCAUGCCAGGCAUCACAGACGGGCCUAAACUGUGGGAGGCUGCAGGACUACUGGAUGUCUCCACAUCCAUCCAGAUCCAUAGAAAAGAUAUGGACCGAGAUAAAGAUUAUGAUGCAACCUACGACCAAGACUACGACCUCAACUAUGAUUCCUGGGAUGAAUCAGCAUCAAAUCUUUUGCCAGGCCCCACCUCUAGACUGAGUUCUGUCAGAGUCUUCUCCUCUUCUGUUGAUGGAGACCCUCAUUUUAUGGUCCAGCUCCCCAAACUGAAACAGAAUCUGUGUUUCACGGUGGACGGCAGGGCCAACGACGUACUGAGACUGCUGGAAGACCCAGAGAGAGGUAUCACGGUGGACGGCCAUCUCAUGUGGGCUCCGUCCAAGCAAGACGUAGAGGACCGCUCCCGCACUUACUUUGACAAGAUAACCAUCUCCGCUGCCAUGGGCGGGCGCGGCGGGCUGGGUGGCAUAGUGAUCACACUCUCAUUGGACGCCGUGGUGGUGGAAGGGGAGGGACGGGACACCCUACUCACUAAUCUGCAGGGAUCUGUAACGAGGCAGGGCGUGGCGGUAUCCGUGGACACCACAGAUGACAUCCAUCAGAGCUGUCGGAUCGAGCUGGCGAAGGAUAUUUGUUUCCUGGUUCUGUUCCACCACUACAAACAGCCCAGCUACCUGCAGAUGGCGCACCUCGGGUUCUAUAUCACUGAUGGACAAGGCCUCUCUCCUUCAACCCAAGGCCUACUGGGCCAGUUCCAGCAUGCGGACAUGAGUGUGACGCCGGUGAAGGACCCUAGUGACACACCGCCCCAGCCUAGUAAAGAUGGGGUCCUGUCCAGGGGGGUGCUGAGGUGGGGGGCGAUUCACGUACCCAUCACCCUACAGGACAAGACCCUGAAGGACACAGUGAGGAAACGUCACCUGGGCAGGUGUUGGGUCGUGCCCAAGGCACAGGUGGAGAAACUGUUGGGUCAUCCAUACCAGAGCUACCUGGUGGAUAACAUGUAAAUACUAUUUUCAAAUGUCCAUCCAGUAUUAGCACUCCACUUAGAAUACACAUGCCUAGUACAUUGCUUCAUACCAAGUGGUAUGCUAGUAUAGAGAUUGGAACCGAGCCACUCAUCUAGCUACCAACACCUCAAAGCUGGGCAGCUCAGGCCAAUGGGAAAAUACAGUGUCUCUGCAAGGACAAACAGCACUGUGACUAGUGUGCUGCUGGCUAGCCUUCAAUACCAACAUCACAUAGUGGGUUAUUACUCUCUCUCCUCUGAAAGUGUGCAUGAAUUCAUGUUCAUGAUUAUGAAAAUGAGAGACAGAGAGAGGGACACAACAAGAGACAGAUACAAUGACAAACAAAGACAAAAGAGAGAGAGAGAGACAGAGAUUGAGUCCAGUAAGAAAUCUAAAGAAUGAUGAGGUAAUUCUCAUAGGUGUCAGACAUGGAAAGAUAAUAUAGGAGAUGGGAUGAGGUCAUUUCACCAGUGUCUUUCUGAAAUAACAACAGGGGACAGACUUCAUCUGCUGUUAACGUGGCAACAGUUAGAUAUGUUAAUUGUCUCUAUACCUCUGCAGACAAAUGCUGCUUGAUCUUGACAUACAGCUAAAUCCAAACUCUCAUUCGCAAAAAAAUCAUAUGCUUCAUAAGGACAAUUUAUAAUUCCAAUGUUAUAACAAAUAUAUGAAUAGAUCAUUUGAUUUUUUAGCAAUGUGUCAUUUUAUAUAGAGGGUCAGAGUUGUAUUUUAAUUGUUUCAGUUUUAUUGUGAAGU